AUGGGGAAUAAAUCAGAGCCUGUCAUAACCAAGUGCGAGGAAGGAGAGAACUGGACUAAGAUUUCAUUCAAGCCUGAUUUGGCUAAAUUCAACAUGACUCACCUUGAGAAUGAUGUUGUUGCCUUAAUGAAAAAGAGGGUGAUUGAUUUAGCUGGAUGCCUAGGUAAGACAGUUAAGGUUGAAUUGAAUGGGCAGCAGGUACCUGUAAAGUCAUUCCUUGAUUAUGUCGAUCUCUACCUUCAAUCUGCCUCCAAAACCAGGAUGGUGGAGAAAGUUAACGAGAGGUGGGAAAUAUGUGUGAGUCUAACUGAAAAACAGCAGUUUCACUUCCAACAGGUCAGCUUUGUGAAUGGGAUUGCCACCAUCAGGGGUGGAACUCAUGUUGAAUAUGUUACUAAUCAGAUCACAAACCAUGUGAUGAGCAUAGUAAAUAAGAAGAGAAAAAAUGCCAACCUUAAUGGUUUUGCAGUGAGGAACCAUUUAUGGGUCUUUGUCAAUUGUCUCAUUGAGAACCCCGCAUUUGAUUCUCAGACCAAAGAGUACUUGACUACUUGGCAAACUAGUUUUGGAUCGAAAUGUGAACUCUCACAGGAGUUCUUGAAAAAAGUGGCUAAAUCUGGAGUGGUGGAAAGUUUGCUUUCUUCGGUAGAUAACCAGAGCCAAUAUCUUAAGAGAACUGACGGAGCAAAGAAACCAAGAAUUACAGGUAUUACCAAGCUUGAGGAUGCUAAUGAUGCUGGAGGGUGGAACUCUGAAAAUUGUACGUUGAUCCUGACAGAAGGAGAUUCGGCUAAGGCUCUUGCAAUGGCGGGCAUAUCUAUUAUUGGCCGAAACCACUAUGGAGUGUUUCCAUUGAAGGGUAAGCUGCUCAAUGUGAGGGAAGCAAACCCUAAACAGAUCAUGGAUAAUGCUGAAAUCCAAAACAUCAAGCAGAUUCUUGGUUUGCAGCAUGGAAUGGUGUAUAACAGUGUCAAAUCACUGAGAUAUGGCCAUUUAAUGAUAAUGGCUGAUCAGGAUCAUGAUGGAUCUCAUAUCAAGGGGUUACUGAUUAAUUUUAUCCAUUCAUUCUGGCAUCUGCUUAAAAUUCCAUCCUUUUUGGUGGAGUUUGUACCACCCGUUGUGAAGGCAACUCACAGAAAUGGAAAGGUCUUAUCCUUCUAUUCAAUGCCUGAGUAUGAAUCAUGGAAUGAAAGACUGAGGGGAAAUACCAUUGACUGGUCUAUCAAGUACUAUAAGGGGUUGGGUACUAGCACAUCAAAAGAAGGCAAGGAGUAUUUCAAAGACCUUCACAAGAACAAGAAAGAUUUUUUGUGGGUAGAUGAGCAAGAUGGAGAAGCCAUUGAGCUUGCAUUCAGCAAGAAGAAGAUUGAGGCAAGGAAGAACUGGAUCAGGCAAUUUAAGCCUGGUACUUAUCUUGAUCCAAAGGAGAAGCUCAUAAAGUACAGUGACUUUGUUCACAAGGAGCUGAAACUGUUUUCCAUGGCUGAUCUGCAAAGAUCAAUCCCGUCUAUGGUGGAUGGUCUGAAACCAGGCCAACGAAAGAUUCUGUUCUGUUCUUUCAAGAGGGGUUUUGUUAAAGAAGCAAAGGUUGCCCAGUUUUCGGGUUAUGUAUCUGAGCAUUCAGCUUACCACCAUGGUGAGGCGAGUCUCCAAAGCACAAUAAUUGGAAUGGCACAGGAUUAUAUUGGAAGCAAUAACAUAAAUCUUAUGAAACCAAAUGGCCAAUUUGGCACCAGGCACCAGGGAGGCAAAGAUCAUGCGAGUGCAAGGUACAUUUACACUUGUCUAUCUCCUAUCACACGGUUCUUGUUCCCCAAGGAAGAUGAUGUCCUACUUGACUAUUUGAAUGAAGAUGGACAGUCUAUUGAACCCACUUGGUACAUGCCAAUUGUCCCUACGGUUCUAAUCAAUGGAAGUGAAGGAAUUGGGACUGGGUGGAGCUCUUUCAUUCCCAAUUACAAUCCAAGAGAGAUUAUUGCAAAUAUCAGGAACUUGUUGAAUGAUGAACCUAUGGAACACAUGGAUCCAUGGUACAAGGGAUUCAAGGGGUCAAUUGAGAAAACAUCAACAAAGGAAACGGGGGUGAGCUACACUGUCAGUGGGAUCAUAGAGGAAAUCAAAAAGACAACUAUCAGAAUCACAGAACUACCCAUCCGGAGGUGGACCCAGGAUUAUAAGGAGUUCUUGGAGUCUAUAAUGACAAGAAAUGACAAAAUCAAGGACACAUUCAUCAAGGAUUACAAGGAGAACAAUGAUGACAUGACUGUUGAUUUUGAAGUUAACAUGUCCGAGGAAAACUUGAUGGCAGCCAAGCAAGAAGGCCUGUUGAAAAAGUUUAAACUCACAACUACAAUCAGCACAAGCAAUAUGCACCUUUCUGAUGCAAAAGGUGUAAUUAAGAAAUAUGACACCCCAGAGCAGAUUCUUGAGGAAUUCUUUCAUUUAAGGCUUGAAAUCUAUGAGAAAAGAACGAAAGAAUUGGUGAAAAAUAUUGAGAUGGAGCAGUUGAAACUGGCCAACAAGGUCAGGUUUAUACUUGGGGUUGUAAAUGGGGAGAUCAUUGUGAGCAACAGGAAGAUAAUUGAUUUGUUCCAGGAGCUGCACAAGAAAGGUUUCACUCCAUUACCAAAGAAAGGCAAGACUGUUGAAGCGGCAGGGGCAACUGAAGUUGGAGAAGAAAAUGAAGAAAACUCAGAGAUAGCCGGAAGCAAGGGAGUACGAGCAAGUGACUAUGAUUAUCUUCUAUCAAUGGCUAUUGGAACACUGACCCUGGAGAGCGUUCAGGAGCUCAUUGCUAACAAGCAUCAGUUCGAAAGUAAAGUGGAUGAGUUGAGGAAGGCUACUCCAAAGUCAUUGUGGUUGAAGGAUCUUGAAGCACUUGAGAAGGAACUGGAUGAGCAAGACAAGACGACUUCGUCCUCAUUCUUAAAUAUGUUGAUUAUGACCGUAACUUGUUCUACAUGCAUAAAUGGGGAAAGUUUUCCCACGAUGUUUGCACUUCGCACAAAAAUAAAAGUAUAA